UGUAAGACUAAGACCCCAUUUGCCACAUUCUCUCUCUCUAGAUAUAUAUCUCGCAUAUAUAUAAAUAUUUGUAAGACUAAGACCCCAUUUGUGACAUUCUCUCACUAUAUAUAUAAAGAAUUGUAUAUGAAGUCGUAUGGCUAAUCCUCCAACAGACGUGCCCAAAACUGACCAACCACCCAACCCAUCCAUAUCAUUAGUACUCUCUCAGUCCGAGGUGCGCCCAAUAUCAGAAAACCAACCACCAAGCCCAGCCGUGGCUGUGGCCGUGGCCGGGCUUAUUCCAUCAGAAGACCCGCCCCCUCAAAACCCGUUUCAUUCGCCACGAACCGGGUCCAGUUCGGUAAAGAAGCACCCGUUUUUCCGGGGAAUCCGUUGUAGGAGUGGGAAAUGGGUUUCAGAGAUUCGUGAGCCUAGGAAAACGACACGCGUUUGGCUCGGUACGUAUCCAACUCCUGAGAUGGCGGCCGCAGCCUAUGAUGUGGCGGCGCUUGCCUUAAAAGGGCACGACACCGCCUUGAACUUCCCUAAUUUGGUUUCCUCUUACCCAGUGCCGGCUUCUACUUCGGCGACCGAUAUUCGUGCCGCAGCUGCUAAGGCAGCCGAGUCGAAACAACACCAACAGCAAGCCGAGCUGAAGCCGAAGCUGAAAGAGAAUAAAGACGGCGGGGAUCAGAGUUUGAAAUCCGUACCCGGUUGGGUGGUCAAUGAGGAAAGUUGUUCGAGUGGUGCGAAUAAUAAUAGUGAGUUGAGUUCCGGCGGCGACGGCGGUAGUGAGUUUAUGGAUGAGGAAGCGCUUUUGAAUAUGCCGAAUUUGCUAGUGAACAUGGCUGAGGGAAUGCUAGUAAGCCCACCAAGGAUUAAUACGCCGUCGUCUGAUGACUCGGCUGGGAAUUCAGAUGGAGGAGAAUGUUUAUGGAGCUAUACUUAAUAAACAUUUAUAUAUAUAUAUCGAACAAAUCAUGAUGAUGAUAUAUAUAUAUGUAUAUGGAUCAUCAUCAAUAAAAUGAUCCAGAUUCAAGGCAUCAAUAUAUAUUAAAUAGAUGCAAAUGAAAGACCAAAAAAGUACGGUAUGUUCUUUCUUUUUCUGGUACUUUUGUAUUUUUGCUUAUUCUCUGUGUGUUUUUCUGAUUUUUGCUACCCUUAAUUGGUUUUUUUUGGAAUUGUGUAUUUGUUUUUUUGGGGGUGGGGGUCGUCUAUUAUUACCUUCUUCGUUGCCCUCCACUGGAUUUUUGCAGCUGAUUAUAAUGUGUGUGGAAUCCGUACGUGUAAAGCUGGGUAGCUACACGUGCAGGAGAUUUUGCUGCUAACCUCUUAUGAUUUAGUUGCUGUAUGUAUAUAUAUAUAUAAUAUAUUUAUAUAUCAUAUAUACAUGUUUGUGACAGAAGAAGUAUUACUCUUUCUACCCAUCA